UAUUUGGCAGUGGUUGUUGGGAUCAAAUGACGUACUAUUUCUCAUGUGACCUGAUCCGCAUGUUUUUUUCAGGGGAUGUUUUUAUGCUAUCAAAUAAUUAGGGAACAUGUCCGAAACUGACGACAGGGUGCUGCUGGUUCCCCCACCCCCCUACCCCGGACGCAAGAAGAAGAGAUCACCACCUAAGUGUCUCAACAUUUGCCACAUCGUCUUUGGAGUGCUGUGCCUUCUGCUUGGGGUAGCAUUCAUCAUCCAGCUACCCGAGUACUUCAAAGCGGACGGCUAUGUGACAAGUACGAACUGUGACAGCUCCACAUCAACGUGGAACCAGAGGACUGGGGCCGGGAUCUGGAGCGGGUUUGUGUUCAUAAUUUCUGGCAUACUUGGACUAGUUGCUGGGACUAAUCCAUCUUGUUUGGUGGUUGUACACGUCUUGUCGUUUGGAACUGUUUUUGUCACAGCAUUGGUACUGAUGUCGUUCUCAAUGCUCGAUUUGACGGCCGUCAGCUGUAAUGUUUAUACCAAUCCUACUGUACAAGUACGUGUAGUACAUGUACAAUUUCCGUAA